CUCUGGCCACACUGUCGUUUUGCGCGUUGUUGUUUUCUGAGCUCCGUUGCUCGCUGGUACGAAAAUUGUUAAUAUUGCUAACAAUCCGUUGCGAACGCACAGAAGCCGGCGAUUGCAGUGCAAUCUUUACCAAUUGUAAAUAAACAAAACCGAAUUUUUUUUGAAAACAUUUUUUUUUCGGAAACGACACGACACCAAAGUGCAAAAACAGCAACAACAACGAAAGUGCGAGUGUGUUUGUGUGUGGCUGGAAAGGAAAGGCUGUAAUCCGUAAUCCCAACUGGAAUGGUAAUUAGCGGGCGACGUAGCGUGCUGGAGAAUUAAGAUUUUAAAAAAUAAUAAUUAAUAAGCAGAAGUUUUUUUUUGAAAAGAAAGUGUCACAGUCACACGCAUACAUAUAAAGACGCCGAAUAACACUCAUACAGACACACACCCAAAGGCGGCGAAAGGAGCGCGGCAAAAAAAAAAAACGAAAAGGCAAGAACGAAAGAAGAAGUCAAAGCAGAGAAUAUAAAGUAACUGCGAAAAACGGCGACACAGUGAAAUUAAUAAUAAACGCAUAAUUUAUUUAAAAUAAUAACCAAUCAAACAAUCAGCCGCGCGCGCCGCUGUUAUAAAUAAUUAAGAAAGUUAAGAAAAGCACAAUACAACAGUAAAAAGAUGGCAGCGCUGAACAAAUUCACAAAAACGCUGUCCAUUGAUGAAAAGGCCGAGAUCAAGGAGAAAUUUACAGAGCUGGAUGCCAACAAGGAUGGCUUCAUUGACCUGCACGAGCUGAAGGAUGCCCUCAACCAGGUGGGCUUCAAACUGGCCGGCUACCAGGUGCGCGAGAUGAUCGACGAGUUCAAGAGCAAACAGCGCACCGCCCACCAGGGCAAGCUCAACCUGGAGGAGUUCGAGACGCUGUGCCUCGACCUGAAGAGCAAGGACGUGGCCAGCACCUUCAAGACGGUCGUCUCCAAGAAGGAGAACCUGGAGACCCUCGGCGGCAUGUCGAGCAUCUCAUCGGAGGGCACCACGCACUCGGUCCGCCUCGAGGAGCAGCUGGCCUUCUCCGACUGGAUCAACUCGAACCUGGGCCACGACAAGGACCUGCAGCACCUGCUGCCCAUUGAUGGCGAGGGCAAGCGCCUCUACCAGAGCAUCAAGGACGGCAUCCUGCUCUGCAAGAUCAUCAACCACUCCUGCCCGGACACGAUCGACGAGCGGGCGAUCAACAAGAAGAACCUCACCGUCUACCGGGAGUUUGAGAACUUGACCCUCGCCCUGGUCUCCUCCCAGGCCAUCGGCUGCAACAUCGUCAACAUCGAUGCCCACGACCUGGCCAAGGGCAAGCCCCAUCUGGUCCUGGGCCUCCUCUGGCAGAUCAUCCGCAUCGGUCUCUUCAGCCACAUCACCCUGGACAGCUGCCCCGGUCUGGCCGGCCUCCUCUUCGACAACGAGCGACUGGAGGAUCUCAUGAAGAUGUCCCCGGAGGCCAUACUGCUGCGCUGGGUCAACCACCAUCUGGAGCGGGCCGGCAUCUCGCGCCGCUGCACCAACUUCCAGUCGGACAUCGUCGACUCGGAGAUCUACUCGCAUCUGCUGAAGCAGAUCGCCGGCAACGACGCCGACGUCAACCUGGACGCCCUCCGCGAGUCCGACCUGCAGAGCCGGGCCGAGAUCAUGUUGCAGCAGGCGGCCAAGCUGAACUGCCGCAGCUUCCUCACGCCCCAGGACGUCGUGAACGGUGUCUACAAACUCAAUCUGGCCUUUGUGGCCAAUCUCUUCAACAACCAUCCCGGCCUGGACAAGCCGGAGCAGAUCGAGGGCCUGGAGUCCAUUGAGGAGACGCGCGAGGAGAAGACUUACCGCAACUGGAUGAACUCGAUGGGCGUGUCGCCGCACGUGAACUGGCUGUACUCGGACCUGGCCGAUGGCCUCGUCAUCUUCCAGCUCUUCGACGUCAUCAAGCCCGGCAUCGUCAACUGGAGCAAGGUGCACAAGAGGUUCACCCCGCUGCGCAAGUUCAUGGAGAAGCUGGAGAACUGCAACUAUGCGGUGGACCUUGGCAAGCAGCUCAAGUUCUCCCUGGUGGGCAUUGCUGGCCAGGAUCUGAAUGACGGCAAUGCCACCCUGACAUUGGCUCUCAUCUGGCAGCUGAUGCGCGCCUACACCCUGUCCAUCCUCUCCCGACUGGCCAACACCGGCAACCCCAUCAUCGAGAAGGAGAUCGUCCAGUGGGUGAACAACCGCCUGGCGGAGGCCGGCAAGCAGUCGCAGCUGCGCAACUUCAACGACCCGGCCAUUGCCGAUGGCAAGAUCGUGAUCGACCUGAUCGACUCCAUCAAGGAGGGCAGCAUCAACUACGAGCUGGUCCGCACCAGCGGCACACAGGAGGAUAACCUGGCCAAUGCCAAGUACGCCAUCUCCAUGGCCCGCAAGAUCGGUGCCCGUGUCUACGCCCUGCCCGAGGACAUCACCGAGGUCAAGCCCAAGAUGGUGAUGACCGUGUUCGCCUGCAUGAUGGCCCUGGACUACGUACCCAACAUGGACAGCGUCGACCAGAACAACCACAACAACGCGGCAGUGCCACCAGUGGCGGUCGUCACCAACAGCAAUUAAGUGGAAAGGACUACAACUCAAUUAUACACCUACAGAAGCCAACAGAUAGUGUGGACAGGGCAAUAGGGCACUGGGUGGACACCACUAUUCCACUCUCAUCCCCUCCUCGGACUUCCCCCCCUCCUCCAACAACAACAACAACUUGUCCUUGUAUCGGCAUCUACAUGCCCACCUUUUUUUUUUUUUUUAAAUUGCGAUUACUUUUUGUAAUUUUUUUUUAUUAUAUAUUUAAACAUAUAGCCUAGCCGGGAGUGUCCAGCCCUCGUCUGUGGCUUGUAAUAAGGGGGGAGGCACUGCCCGGUGACUGGCUUUUUUGUUCAACAAGUGUGUUGCACGUACAACCUUAUUUUAUAAAUAGGGAUUUUCUUUGCUUUCCUCCUUUGCCUUAAAAUAUUAACCCCUAUAGUCCGUGCAGGAUCGUACAUGUUCGUGCAUGUCUGUGCAGUAUGGAGAGGCAACAAUUGUAAUAUUCACACCGAGACACUGAGAAAAAAACAAUUAACUUUGUAAUAUAUAUACAUAUAUAUUUAUAUACGACUACGAUAUGCGCCUAUACACACACACACAUGAAUAUAUCUCUAUAUAUAUAUAUUUACAUGAAUCGAUAUACGAUAUACGAUAUAUUUUUGCAUAAAUGAUCGAGAGAGAGUAACGUAACCGUAAA